AUGGUCUUAACUGGCAAAGUCGGCUCAAUGGGUGACGAAAAAAAACCCAACGCUAUGGAGGAAAUUCACACCAACAUUGACAAGAUCGAGACGACCUGGGCCGAGGCAGUCAAAAACAAUGACGGUAACUUUGCGGGAAAACUGAACAAAAAAGUCGAAGAUCUGUUUGACAAGAUGACCGCGGCGCUAGAAGAGGCCAAGACCGCCAAUACCACGACUCGCAUGGUGUCCGCUAUCGAAGACUUCCUCUUUAAAGGCGACUUGAAGAAGAAGCACAUCGACGGAUGCAUUCUCUGGCUCCUCCUCUGGUCAGCGGCAGGGCUGAAACACGAGACAUCCCAGACAUCGGGUGCCGACGAGGCUAUUUUUGGCAUGGUCAUGGAGCGAUACCCAUAUAUGGCCUUUGACAAUCCCUCCUACUCGAAGCUCAAAUUCAAGGAGCCUGGUUCAUACAAGUCCAUCAAAGACCAGUGCCCGAUCGAGGCUAAAGAAUGGAUCGAAUGGCGCCAAGGUCACCAUUUCCACCAGAAACUUGAGGGUACGCCCUUCCACCGCGCCGCCAAAAAAGGCAAAUCCGCCAUCAUCAGACUCAUCAGAAGUUCACUUGCCAAGAUCGAGGAGUCCCACCAUGGGCCAAUCUACGCGCUCAUACAAGGCGAAGAUCCCUCCAAGCAGAGAACAACGGCGCUGCAACAAGUCAUUCACGCGCGACAUGGCAGCGUAGCAACGCUAGGUGAGCUUUUGGCAUUUGAAUGCUUAGCAGCCUCGCCGGAUCUCGAUAAGAUCUUUGCCGACGCUGUUGAGGUUGGCACAGAGAAUAUUGUCGAUGUCUUCCUUACGCAAGACAAUCUGAAAAAACGCUUUGCGAAAAGCGACAAUAUACUCAAAGCAAUGAGGAAGGCAAAGGGCAGUCUCGAAGUGGGACAACAAUAUCUAAGGAUCGUCAAAAAACUCAUUGAUUUGAUCCCCCCGGAAGAAACACUGGCCGAUGAGGUCAUUGAAACCAUCAUCGAGCAACAGGCUAUGGGUGAGCGUGAUCAAACUCAAGGCUCCGUUGCUUCGUCAAAAGAACAGCUGGGCUGGAUUGAUAUUUGGAAGGCAGCACAUGCAAGACCAACAUCGAUAUCCACCGAAGUCAAAUCCAAGUUGCUCCAUCUUGCUGUUUACUAUCAAAGCCUUGCUCUUGUAACCGAAUUCCUCCAGCAUCCACGAUACUCCAAAUCGGUUGCGCAUCAAGUGCAGCUGCUGAAGACCAGCAAUCAAGGCGACAUCUCCGCCCAGAACCCACACUAUCCUCUGUGGUACCACAACAACAAUGCAUGGAUUAAGGGCUCCGCAUGGAAAAAUCAGGAUAUUUCGUCCAAAAUACGAUCCAUGUUAGUAUAUUCGACAGUUCGGCAAGCGAAAAAGAUGCGGGACUUGUCAGAGAUCUUCUACAAAUCAGAUCAAUUCGUCCGCGAGUUGUGUCUCGACCUGUCGCAUUUCAACUCCAAGUUGCACCGCGUAUCAAGUUUUGUGGAUUCUUUCAUCUAUCAUUCGCAGAACGAUUCGUUGCUUUCGUAUGAAGAGACACUUCGCUAUGUCGAGUUCCCUGCCCUAGACUUGAAAGUGGACGACAGGGAGACGUUUGGAGACAAUAACCAUCUCUCAGUUCAACACACAGAGGUCUUCAGGCUCCUCACCUGGCUCCAGGAGAAGAUGCAUGUGAGGCACAUUAUUCAACUCAAAGUCCCUGACAGGCUGAUCAAUCCCCACAAUGAGAACUGCAUAGCCAGUUCACCUGCAGCCAAGGGCAAAACAAAUGCCGACACUGAUUCUAUGAAGGCUAAGGAGAAGAUCAAAGAAUUGCAUUUAUACUCAAGCGGCAAAAGGGCUGUCAUCGAUCACUGGUUAAGCGAUGAGGGUAUUCCAACUCUCACCAAGGCGAGUGUCUCCACCUUCUAUCCCCUCAAGAACAGCAUUGACAUCUUGUCACAUUCAGUUGCUAACAACGGGUGUCCAAGGGAAACUGUGACGGAAGAGUACUGCAAAGAACUCAUACCGUUCGUCUUUAACGGCUUGAACGCUAUGAAAGCUAGACACUCCGAUAGACCGACGUGCAAUUUCAAUCUGAAUUACUCUACGGUGGACUCCAUGUUUUGGAACCCAACGCACACUCUGGUCGAUUUAAACGAGAUUGCCCAUAAGGUCACGCCUCGUCUUGCCAAAUUCCUCAAGAGCCUCGGUGAGUACAUUCCUCGCAGAGAAGGUCAAACCCAGAAGAUACUUCGCCGCACUCGGGUGGCGAUAAUCGAUAAUGGUGUGUUGAGCAUCACGCCGAGGCCAGAUGACACAGCUGGAGGGGGACAGAACAAGGAAAGCAGCAAACAUGAAGACAAUGAGCCAAUCAGGACCCCUGGCACCAAGGAAAGCUUUAGUGUUUCAAGCGCCAGGGAAAGCAGCUCUAGCACGGCUUUUCAUGAGAGCCAGAGUCAUGAUACGUCCGGACGGAGGAGACUUUCGUCAAGAAUCAAGAAGGGCCGCUCUUUUGUAGAUGAAGGAUCAAAACUGUACCCUUGGCACCUUGCUUCCGAUCCUCAUGGUACGCAAAUGGCGAAUCUCAUCUGCGCCAUGGACCCGUUCUGCGAGCUUUAUGUCGCGAGAGUGGCCGAAGGCAAGUAUGGCAUCACGCCAGACAGGCUUCCGUCGAUGUACAUGCUCACCGUCUGUCCCCCAUGUAAGGCGAUCAAAUGGGCCCUUGAAAACCAGGUGGACAUCAUUUCCAUGAGCAUUGCCCUUCUUGACAAGGGGAACGAGAUGCAACACUGGGUGCACAAGGCCAAGGAAAAGGGCGUCGUCAUCGUCUGCAGCACCCACGAUGAAGGAACUCGCUCACUUACAUCGUACCCGGCCGAGUGGAAACCGGGGCUCAUCAUCACAUCAUGCGAUGAGUACGGACGCCUACUGCACAACAUCGACAACAGCAAAUAUGACUUUGCGGUACAAGGACACAACGUAUCAGCCGGUGUCAUACCUUUCAUUGAGUCGAGCGACUCCAUUACAGGCAGUUCCGUUUCGACAGCUCUGAUCGCCGGCCUUGGCUCGCUGAUUCUUACCUGCCACAAAGUGGCACACCUUGAAGCACAGCAGCCGGAAACUACCAGCAUAGACCUGGAAAGCAGUGAGAUAUUCCCUUACGCAGAGGGACAACUACAGAUGGUUGAAACACACUUAAAGUCUAUGGUGGCGGAGGGCACACGACAUGUUGUGCUGGAGAGAUUCGGCAAGAUUGAUUCGACCACCAAGCAAGGUGAUAAUGUUUACGCCGACAAGGUGCUGAAAGAAUCGUUUCACAUGCGGGAUGCGAUAUCAAAAGAUUGA